AUGUGCAAGCAGAAUUUCGUCGCACAGUGGUGGGUAUUUCUUUCUGCGGGCCAGAAGGAGUUCCCGGGAGAGGACUUGAGCUACGACCUGGUCCGCAAGAAGAAUACCUUCCCUCCAGUCGCCCGCAAGUGCCCCAGUGGGAAGAUCGGGCGCCACUACGAGCGUAGACGGCGUCCUACGUUCAUGCAGCUAACGCUGCCCGUAUCCCUUCCCAAGGAGCAGAUCAUGCAGGAAUCCUCCCCUGAGAAGGUCGAUGUCGCCAAGGACGACGCGUGGGACAUGCAUGUCCAUUUCAAGCAUAUGGCGAACAAGGCGGAGACCCUGGCGUGCCGCAUGCUGGCAUAUUUCACGGCGAAACUCGAAGCGAAGGGAAAGCGCCCCGUCCUCCCCAGAAACAACGGGGUGAUAGCCGUCAUCGAGCCCCUGCUCUCGGCCCGGCAGGCGACGAGUCGGCAGCCGCGAGUACAUGGCCGAGGUCAGAAGGGCUGGAUCUGGGCGAGGCAAGGGAGCAACUUGCGUGUGUUGCUUGUCAUCCAGGACUCGUACUCUGCCAAUGGCGGCAGCCUGGCGAAGGGCCUGUCGACUAGGAUCUGA